GACCUAGUCCUAAACAAGAGGGUAGGGCUUGGCAAAGUGUGGUGUGAGAGUUAGAGUUUUAUGGCGAAGGAGCUGUUGAUCCUCGACAAUGGCACAACUUGCUCUUGUUGGAACUACUGUGGCGCUCGACUCGCUGCUGGCUCCGCCGAUGGCACCGUUUCCAUCUUCGAUUUCUGUGACUCCGCUUCUUCUUCCUCUCUUCGCUCCUCUUUCAAAUUCAGGGCUCACGAAGGAAAUGUCGUGAAGGUUGUUUGGGUUCCUCCUGAAUAUGGUGAUGCGGUUGCUUCUGUUUCUGCUGAUGGAGUUGUAUCGUUGUGGGAAGAAGUUGCUCAAGAUUCACAACCUACUCAAUGGAAAUUUUGCAAAAGCUUCGGGAGUAGUUCAAGCAAAGUCCUUGAUGUUCAAUUUGGGACCUCUUUGAAUAGUUUGAAAAUGGUUGUUGCAUGCUCAGAUGGUCAUGUGAGAGUUUAUGAGCUAUUGGAUCCAUUGGAACUGAGAAAUUGGCAGCUUCAGGCUGAAUUCCAGAAUGUCAUCGAGUCAGUGUCUGCAUUUGGAAAGGCUUUGUGCUUCUCUGCCUCCAUAUCUUGGAACCCGCAAAAAGGUGGAAGCCAAGAAUCCAGCUUCCUUAUAGGUUUUAAUUCCAAUACAUCCGAGCUUAAUUCUUCUAAGGUUUGGGAAUUUGAUCAGGCUCACCAGAGAUGGUUGCCAGUGGCAGAAUUGGCACUGCCAGAGGAAAAGGGUGAUCGGGUUUAUGCUGCAGCAUGGGCACCAAAUAUUGGCAGGCCAUAUGAAACUAUUGCUGUUGCAACUCAAAAGGGACUUUCAAUAUGGCACCUUGGAUUAAACCCUGAUCAUAAUGGGACACUUCCAGUGGAAAGAGUUGCACUAUUGCCAGGACAUGAAGGCAUGGUGUGGCAGAUGGAAUGGGAUAUGAGCGGAAUGACGUUGGCUACUACAGGUCACGAUGGAAUGGUCAGAUUAUGGCAAUCUAACCUCCACGGCGUUUGGCAUCAGCAAGCUGUGAUGGAACCCACUGCUUAGCAAAUAGCCUCCUGUAAUAGCCAGCCGUCUUUAUGUUGAGAAUAAUAUCAUAUAUUUUAACUUAAAAAGUUGGUUUUUAGGUCAAUUUUUAAAUCAGCUUUAUACCGAUCCCUGAUAUCUAAACCUCUUCAGUAACUUGUAAGUAUUGAGACGAGUGGAUUUUUUUAAGUAUUAUUUGUUGAAUAUUGAAUAGGAUGAAGUGCAUCUGUUGUAGAUUUGGUGGACAAGAUUCCUGUGUUACACGAAAGCUAUGAUGGAAGAUGGAUCAUGAUUGUACAAACCUUACUGACUUUUCAACAAUUAGUAUUGCUAUUAUUGCUGGUUCAUUGUUC